UCUACCUCCGGGAAUCCUGGCAACGGUUCACACACGCCACGGACGGAAGAAAAAACACAGCAAGGACGGGAGGGGGGGUUGAUAGAAGAGGAAAAGCUGUGACCACGGAGCUCUUCCAACACGCGCGUUCAGCCGCUGCUUCUCGUUUGGCGUCGUGCCUGGGCAAGCAAGCCGCAUUCGGGCCAGAAGAGCGCAGCCAUCGCGCUCACCGGAUCCAAACGGUUACAGAAUAUAGAUGGGUAUCGCCAUGACUUCAACCUUGCUCUUCAGCCUGUCCCUUCUGCUGGCCUGCAGCAUGGCUCUGACUUUCAGUCACAGUGCUAGGAGCCCAGACAGAGUUUCUGAAGCUGUGGUGCCCAUGAAGGUUUGCAACAUUUGGGUCCUUAUGGAAAUAUUCCAAACAUUGUUGCUGAGUUGACAGGUGAUAAUAUACCAAAGGAUUUUAGUGAAGAUCAGGGAUAUCCAGAUCCUCCAAAUCCUUGCCCAAUUGGAAAAACAGUUGAUGACGGAUGUCUUGAAAACACACCCGACACAGCGGAGUUCAGCAAAGACUAUCAACUUCAUCAGCAUCUUUUUGAUCCAGAACAUGACUACCCCAGCUUAAGUAAAUGGAACAAGAAUUUACUCUUUGAGAAAAUGAAGGGUGAAUCGAAAAGAAAGAAAAGGAAUGUAAAUCCAUAUCUUCAAGGACAAAGAUUGGACAACGUUGUGGCAAAGAAAUCUGUUCCACAUUUUUCAGAUGAAGAAAAAGACAGAGCAGAAACUGAAUGAAGAUUCAUAAAUGGCUUGAGUACUAAUGAUAUAAAAAGUGAUUCAAAUAUUCAUAGUAGUUGCAUGCUUAUUAACUAUGAAAAUCUUUCUGGAAAGCAGUUGGAUUUAUAGUAUUUAUAAUAUUUCUUUUUCUGCAUCUACACCAAACUGGUUUCUUUCAGAUGUUUGGGGCAAUGAUUCAUGGAAUUAUUGAGAUGCCCAUGAGAAUUAUAAUCCAAUAUAUCUGCCUUUAGAUUUGGGUGGCUGUCCCAAGUAUACAACUAUUGGAUUUUGCUUCUUGUUAAGUUAUAACAACAUAAUUACCAACAUAACCAUGUCUUGCUUUGAAUCUGACUUUAAGCUUUAAUACAUUUUAAUCAUUGUGACUUAAACUGGUGUUAAGAAAUGAGUCUUUAAAAAGUUGAAAACAUUAAAAGAUUUUUCAGUUGUUGAGUACUAUAAGUGAUAUAAAAGAUUGCUGUUUGGGAACAAUUAUUUCACCUUUUUCUGUUUGUAAAUAAUAACAUAAUGCAUAAUAAAUAUCUAGGCACUUGCUAUUAUUGAAAGUCAACAUUGUCUGUUUUCAUUAAAUUACAUGUUUCAGACAAUUACCAAUCAAAUGGUUUGGUCCAAUUAUAGGAAAAUUAUAUAAGUUAUUUCUAAAGACAUGCAUGUGAUUAAGCUUUUUACCCAGAAGGCAAGAUGGUUACACACUCAGCUACAAGGAAAUGCUGUCUCACCUAAGUGCACAGAACUACCCCAUUAAUUAUCUGUUUUUGAAUAAUGAAUUAUAACCCAUAUGCCUCCCAUAUCUAGAUUGAAAAAGUGCAUAAAUACAGAAAACACUAGCUAACUGCUGCCACAUUGCUUGUCUGAAUUUCUGCAGUUCAAAUAUGGCAAACCUAAUCAGGUAAACUGAUAUAAAAUAAAAUAAGACAUUAUUUUAAUAUUUACUUUAUACCCUAUUCAAACAGAAUGUUUCUGUUCUACAAACAAAGAGAAGGAAUAUCUUUGUCAUAAGACAGAUUUAAGGAUAUCUAGGUAGUCAGCCAGAAUGAUAUGUAGUAGUCCUCGACUUACAACAGUUUGUUUAACUUACCAUUUGAAGUUACAUCACUGAAAAAAGUGGCCUAUGGCCAUUUUUCACACUUAUGACUGUUUCAGCAUCCCCAUGGUCACGUGAUCAAAAUUGAGAUUCUUGGCAACAGGCUCGUGUUUAUUAUGAAUACAGAGUCCCAGGGUCAUUUGAUCACCUUUUUGCAACCUUCUGACAAGCAAACCCAAAUG